AUGGAUUCGAGCACCCAGAGGCGUCUCUCCGGUAUAAACGCGAGCUCCCCGUCUGCGCACUUUACGACUGUGACCGAUCGCCGACAUGAACUGGGCCGGCCCGUAACCCCUGAAGCCGUCGCGCAGCGGAAAUCAAGACGUUCGUCCCACCGUCUGUCAAAGGGCUCCGUCACCACCGUUCAUGCAGGUAUAAUACAGUCCACAUCGACCGUACCUGUCCCAAAUCGUCUAACUGGUUGGCAAGACUCGAGAAACAUGUCUAGUCACCGCUCCGCGGCACAUCAGCCACAUACCCCGAAGAGAUCCGUCUCUACCCCUCACCAUGUACAUCCGAAUUCUACCCUUUUGCAUGAUUUGAUCAAGGAGCAACGCGCCGUGCGCGUGUCGCGUCCGCCAGGCACGUCAAAGCUUGUCCCUGAUGGCCGAUCCUCGCCCGCCCCUGAUACUGUAGAAAGCGCACCGGCUUCGGAGAAGAACCGCAAAUUACUCAACGCUGUCUCUGCUGGCUUGAAGGAUCCAAAGGAGUUGGGACUCAGAGAAAUGGAUCAGUAUGUAUCCAGAAUUAAUAAAGAAAUAUUCGACUUGAAACUCGAAAUCGUUCACCGAAUAGAGCAUAUAAACUCUCUCAAACAAAAAGUGGAGCGGAUGGGCGAGCUGGAAGUGCGAGUCAAAGAACUUGAAGCUGUGGAGGUUGAGUUACAGGAUGCCAAUCAGGGACUACAAAAAGAGCUUGAAAAGCGAAAUAGGGGCCUCUAUGAAGCGGUUGGACUGAUAUGCGACCUGGAAAGCAAAAUCGAAGCGAUGGAAUCCGCGCAGCAUGGCGGCCCUGACUGCAACCCUGACGCGGUGUUAUCUACCGAGACCCUCCAAAUUAAUCAGACGCCAAAAGUAAUACCAAUCAUCGACGUCCCAGACAGGUCCUCAUCUCGUAAAGGCACAACUUCUGCAAUGGCACGCCGCUCUCGCGUUUUGUCAGUGCGACACUCUCGACGACAACCAUCCUUCCUCCAGGAUGAAAGCGAGAAUACAAGUGCAUUGCGGAGCCUCUACGUCGAGGAUAGAAAUAACUCCCGUCCGUUCAGCAUAUUCUCUGGGCGUGAAUCAGAAGAACUGGACUCGCCUCGGUUAAGUGCUCUGAGCGAGUGCAGUGAUUUAGAUUUACUAUCAAGCCCGCUAAAAUUGGACGGACCUAGUGGGAACAUAAUUUCUCAUACUGGUUCAAUCAAAUCCUCAGAUCGGGAAACGGAAACUACUGGAUUCACGGAUGACAUUAGCAGCAGAUUCUCGCGGAUUGAGGAAUGGAUACCAGCCGAUGGGCCUUUGCCUGAUACACGAGACUCGACACCUACUAAUCAUGAAUCACCGGCUCCCCUACGCAUCUCUCGAAAGCAGCCGAUUCUUGGAGCUGCAUUUGAAACCAAACGUAACUUGAAGGGCUCGAAAUCACGGUCGACUCAAAACAAUGCCGCAUUUGGGGCACGGCUACCCCCCACACCUGACACCAUGAGCACUACUUUCAUUGACCCCAGGAGCCGGUCUAACCCAAGCAUCAUUGAAGAAAGAAGCUUAUAUGGACGUGGUCAAAUUUUCUCUUCUGUGACCAGUGAUGAAUCUGUUGGCCGGCCUGGAUCAUCAGUAAACAUGGCGUCUCGCCCUAGCACUGCUGAUACAGCAUUGUUCAAUAGUAUUGAGUGGAAUCACCCAAAUGUCGGACGUCACGGCAAAGCUCAACUCAAUGGCGUAUUCCCACCCCCGGGAAAUAUUCGCCAAUCAUCUGAACCUCCCCAUGCGCACUCUUCUGGCCUUGAUGGAACCCGGCGUGGCACUAACGAUCGCGGUUCUACCUGGGAUUGUGCAAACGAAAGCGAGUUCUCGUCUCGGCCUCAAUAUUCUCAUUCUAUAAGAUCGAGAUUAUCGGAUUCAGCUCUCUCAGAUCCUUCACGCAGCAGAGCUGCAACGAAUUCGGAUAUCUUGAGCCCAGAGGAUUGGCUAGAAGCUGCGCUGCCUGUCUCAAGACAUGUUAUCUCUCGCCGGAGCGCUAGGGCGGGCAUGGAUAAUGGCGUUGAAACCUCAGGAAUGUAUGAACCAGGGAAUCAACUCGAUGCGGAUAUCUCUAUACCAGCUACACGUGCUCGACAUAAAAGAAUGUCUCCAGUGAGCCCCAAAACUCACAUGCGCCGAGGGUUCACUUUCCGCUUUUUCAACCGCCCCAAAAACAACAACCCUAUGGCGUCCGAACCGGUCGACGAAGAGCCAGUAUCAUCCCCAAGAAGUCCCCACGAUAAACGUCCUAGCACCGCCCGCCGUCGUAGCAUGAGACUGGAAUCAUCACCCACAACAACUCCACGAAACCCGAAUGGAUACCGUCCCUUAUCCAGAAGCUCCGUGGGUCCCGACGAAACCUCAAGACCACGCACAUCCAACAGCCUAGAGAACCUAAGACAUUUCCGCCGUGGCUCUAGUGGCCUUUGGGGGUGGUUAAAAGGCUCCAAAAACUCUACUGUGCCCGGAUCGCCUGGCAGGCCAUCCUCUCAGCCCCCCGAGCGGCCGAGUUCAGCGUGUGGAUUUGUGGGCAGGCCGGAUUCGCGGGCGGAUUCUUAUACCGGUGGACGCUCCUCGAGGGACGGUCCGAAUGCACACCAGCGUCGGGCCCGGCAUCCUCUAGCUGCGGAGCUUACGAAAUCCUGA